AUAAGCGCGAGUGGGAAGCGCCCUCGACUGAACGAGCAGGCGUAAACCUUUAACGCACACUCACCCUGUGUUUAUUUCAAACUGAACCAUACGCUGAGUCGGUUGUGUGUGCGCUUGUUCGGCGGUCGCUUACUCCCGUGAAGUGUCACUUGGCCAAGAGAGAAGUUAAAAGCGGAAAGUUUUUCAAGGUACAAAUACACACACGCAAGAAAAAAAGUGCACAAGAGUGUGUGGACGUGUGUGAGUGUUGUUAUACAAAAAAAUAAACCCCUAAGAUAGAAAAGUGCCUUAGAAAAGUGUAUUCGGAAUAAAAGCACAUGCGCGCGCCCUAUUGGUUUGCAUGUAAACAAUGCCGAUAAACCGUUAUUUUUAAAGCUUACGUUUAAAAGACCGAUAGUAGUGUGUGUGUGUGUGUGAGUGCGCGCCAGUUGUGAAUGUGAUUGAAGAAAGUCGGUGAAAGAUAGUACAAGUGAUACAAGAACCCCCCGGGACAAGACGCUUGUGCCCGCCAACCAACCUCCCCCGGUCUAUUGGUUAGUGUUCGUGGUGUUCUGUGGAGAGUCGCCGAGCUCAUCUCGCCCAAGAGGCACACACACGCCCACGGACUCACUGUCCCGUGACAACAAAUCGUCGAAUGAAUCAAUUGCACCACAACCAUCACAUCAUGAGCACGUACGGUGGCACGGUGGAAAACAGCGGCACCAACCAGCAGCAGCAGCAACAGCAGCAGCAGCAACAACAACCAAACCAGCAACAGUCGACGCAAAGCAUCGCCGACUAUCUGGCCCAGCUGCUGAAGGACCGCAAACAGUUGGCCGCCUUCCCGAACGUGUUUCUGCACAUCGAGCGGCUGCUCGACGAGGAAAUCUCGAAGGUGCGCGCCUCCCUGUUCCACAUCAACGGCGUGACGAAGGAGCCGCUCCAGCUGCCCGACCCGGAAGGGGAAUCGGUCACGCUCAACGAGAAGGUGUACGUCCCGGUGAAGGAGUAUCCCGACUUUAACUUCGUCGGCCGCAUCCUGGGGCCGCGCGGCAUGACCGCCAAGCAGCUCGAGCAGGAGACGGGCUGCAAGAUCAUGGUGCGAGGGAAGGGCUCGAUGCGGGACAAGAAGAAGGAGGACGCGAACCGGGGCAAACCGAACUGGGAGCACCUGUCGGACGAUCUGCACGUGCUGAUCACGGUGGAGGAUACGGAAAACCGAGCGACCAUCAAGCUGAAGCGCGCGCUCGACGAGGUGAAGAAGCUGCUCGUCCCGCACGCCGAGGGCGAGGACGAGCUGAAGAAGCGCCAGCUGAUGGAGCUGGCCAUCAUCAACGGCACGUACCGCGACUCGACCACCAAGGUCGCGCCCGCCGACAACACGUUCAGCUUCGACCCGCAACAGUACACGGACGAUCGGUGGAAGAUGGCGGCGGCGGCGUCGGCCGCCGACCAGCGCAUGCUGACGCAGGCGUCGCUCGCGGCCGCGGCCAAUCUGGCCGCCGCCAACCAGAUGGCGGGCCGGACCGCCCCGAACCCGCUCGGUGCGCCGAUCAUCCUGUCGCCCCGCAUCUCCGUCCCGACGACGGCCGCGAGCCUGAUACCGGGGUCGGGUCCGCCGCCCACGAUCGACCACACGACCGGGCUGAUCUACGCCUCCCCCUACACGGACUACAGCUACGCGCUGGCGGCGGCCGGCAAUCCGCUGCUCACGGAGUACGCCGAUCACAGCCAGCAGCAGCAGCAGCAGCAAGAGCAGCACCAGUACUAUGCGCAGUAUCACCAUCCGACCCAGUACAGCUUGCCAGCCCAGCAGCAGCUCUAUCAGCAUCCCAGCCCGUACCAGUAUCAUCAGCAGCUAUUCCACCAGCGCUCCAACCCGUACCGCCAUACCCUGCACCAGCCCCACCGGCUCCGCUAGUGCUGUACUAAAAAGGCCUAGGGGGAGGCAUCACACCACGGUUCGCGCGUACAAGUGUUAAGCACGCGUCAAAGCGGUUCGGGUUUUUUCAACGCAUCACCGGAAAGAAAAGUGUGUGUGUGUGUGUGUGUGUGUGUGUGUGUGAGCCAGUGCAAAUACCAACAUACCAUACUAUCCCCCACCCACGUACCGGCCGGAAAUCGGAUCGAUGGCAGAGCGACGAGCGUCAGCAGCAGAGCGCUUCAUAGAUGCGCGGGUGAUGGAGUGUGUUGGCGUGACUUUUUUCCAAUCUUUUUGGACACACAAAUCUGCCCCGGGUGUGGUGUGACUUCAUACAUGUGUGACUGUCCAGUUUUCUCAGUUCUUCUUUGGGGGCUCUUUUCUGUUAAAUUUGUUUUGUGCCGUGCUUGUAAUAGCCGUUGAGGUUUAUGUGUUAUUUAUUCAUGCGUUACGGAAGUGGAGUGAAGGUGCGAUGAGUGUAUAUUGCGUGGUGUGUGUGUGCAGUGUGUCCGCUCGUCCGUGGUCAUCGUCGAUCGAGGUGAACAGUCCCUGCCUGGUGUGUUUGUGUGUCGGUGUAUGUUAGCGGGGACACUUUUUUGCCUGUUUCCCUUUCGUCAUCCACCACAUGGCCAGUAACAAUCACCCACCUCUUCUCCAAGUGUGACCCACCAUCACCAUCAUCACCACCACCCCAGUGUGUUCAAGGGUUUUGUGUGACAACCGGCAGGUUGUGCGGCACAGAUAUUUUGUAAAUACUCACGUCCGUCCGGCUGGUCGACGGAGAGCGAGCCGAUGCCAUGCGCGUGAAUCGCGUUUGCGGGCUGUCCGGUGGCACGAUGUGGGCAUUGUGUGUAGUUCAUUAGUAAAUUAUCAUAAAAAUCCAUGCCAACAAUCAUCCGGCCGGGCAGCCGGCAGAGGAGAAGUGCGUAGAGGACCGGCGGGUGAACUGCUGCUGAUGGGAGGAGGAUACUGUACUUUCAACUAGGUCCGCGAGCAUCACACCGUGGCUUAUGAACGCGAAAUGGCGCAAGUGUUCCACGAUCAUUGCUGCUUCCCUUCGGGAUGACAUCAUCUGGACGUCCAUGUACCAGGCACGAACACAGCACAACAAUAAGAGAAAACUCAGCAAGACAAGUAAAAAAAAAAGAGCGCGACAAACACACCGAUAGAGCCUGGACCAACCAACCACCAGCAGCGAGAGCGACCAGCGGAACAGCGGCACACAACAGCGGGACUCGCGGGAGCUUAUGAUGUCAGUCAGUUCAAUAUUUUCGGCGCAUGGUGCGUAUAUGCGUAUGACGCGGACGAUGGUGGCGGCAGUGAAAGUAAUCAAGUUGGUACGACCGACGUGGGGUGCAUCAUCAUCAUGUGGUCCCACCAAUCGAUUGGUGGCAAUUUCGUGGAGGAGAUCGUUGUUUUAAGACAAAGAUUCUUGAUUAAGGUCUUUUAUAGUUGUUAUGGUUUAAAAAAAAAACAUACACACACACAGUUAGUCAAGCUAAAGAGUGUUAGACAGAGAUUAAAGGCUCUCAUCUCGAUAAUACUGCUUGCUCCAAUGCAAUAUUCCUUUAAGUCCCCCUUUCGUCCCUCUCUCGAUCAAAGCGUGCAAGCACAGUUUAUGUAUUUAUUCGGCUUUUUCGCAACCACUGCGUUGGGUUACCCCAUCGCGUGACUUUAAAUCAAAUGCAGAUGUGCAGAACAUUCCAAUAACUACCGUUAUAAGCCGAGAAAGCCGACCAACAGGGCAGGAGUUAACGGGAAGGGGGAGGGUACCAGGGGACAAGAAAAUCACGUGCAUGAGGGAAUAGAUAGAUCGUAGCGCAGGGGGUAAAUGCUUUGAAAGCACAUAUGAGGUCACAUAAUGCAGCAACGGCAUGUGCGUGUAAAGGGAGGUUCUCGUUAAGUAGGAACGAAGUAGGAACAGUGCGUGACAAACUAGAGAGAGAGAGAGAGAGAAAGAGCAAGAGAGAAAGAGAGAGAGAGAGAGAGAGAGAGAAAGAGAGAGAGAGAGAGAGAGAGAGAGAGAGAGAGAGAGAGAGAAAGAG